UUCCUCCUUCAUUUGGUCGUCGGUGUUUGUGCGGUGAACAUUGCUGUGCGGUGUACGUAGCACGUGUUAAUAAAUUGAUUACAAGUUUCUCCAAUAAACACAAAAAAGUAAUAAUGGCAGACGCAGCCGUCGAAAAGAAUGAUGUCGCCCCCGAGGAAGUGACCUCGACUGAGGCAGCGAAGGAGUCUCCAGUCAAGAAGUCUCCGGCCAAGAAGGUGGCGGAGCCCGAGAGCAACGGCAAGGAGAAGAACGGCGACGACGCUCCCGAAGACACCCCGGCCGAGAACGGAGAUGCCGAGGAGAGCAACGAUGCCACCGAAAAUGGAGACGCCACAAAUGAAAAGAAAGAUACCGGCGUGAAGAGGAAAUCCGUGGCAGCCGACAACGGAGAAGAGAAAAGCACGCCUGAGAAGAAAGCAAAAGUGUCCGAAGACGCCGCCCCCGCGGAGGAGGAGGCGGCGGCCUAGGCCCCCGGCCGGUUUACUGCAUGCAUCGACCAUUAGGGCUCAACUCUACCUGCCCGACAUAUCCAAUACCACACACAAAGCCAAACCAUAGUUUUAUACAAGUAUGUAUAUUGAUCUGAAUUAACAAAAGAGUUGAGCUCUUUUGCGACCACACCUAAGUUUAGGUUUAUAAUACUAUGUGUAUUACUUACCUGUGAAGUACCUGUAAAUUGUAAAUUUAAUGUUACUGUCAGUGUUGUGACUGUGCAUCGCAGUGGACCGAUCACUCGCGAGUCGGUUUAGGUAUACGCUGUUCGAGUAUCGGUGUCUAUUACGAUAGAUUGUAGAUGGGUUACUGAAUUGAUGGUUUACACGCAUCGGUAUUGGAUAACACAAUUUCGCCAGUAAUAUACUGCCAAAGUAUUCACUCCGAGUGAAAUCAAUUCACCAUCCGUUCUGUGAACGACGCGGUUUAAUAGACAGCUUCCGAAAAACAAGGAUUUUAGAUAAACUAAGAUUAAUUAAAAAGUUUAGAUAAUUAAUUCAGUUGUAAAUUUAAGUUAGCAGUUAAAUGUCGCACAUUGAUAUAUUUCAUAGGCAUAUUUACUUAACCAUUUAAACAUUCCUUUGACAUUUGGUUACGGAUUGCACUGUGAGCCUGUAAGGUAUCCUUUGUGAAUCGAUCGAAGUUUAGGAAGGCCUGGUGCAUGCUAAAACAGCAUUUUCUAAAAGCAAAAUGUAACUCCUAAACGCCUUUCUAUUCCCAAAGAGGUAGGAAGUGGUUCACAUUGUGACACUAAUUUUAAGAUUUUCAAAAUAAAAGUUCAAAGUUGACAAGGUGAUAGUUCAUAUUGACAUAUUAAUUCUGUGUGCUAUUUUGUAUUUCUAUGGACAACUUUAUUUUUCAUAUAUCCUGUUUUUCUAAUUUAUUUUCUUGUUUAUAUGUGAUAGAUAACAAACCUCGAAUGUAAGAUAACACGUCAUGUGGAAAUGAAUCUUAACGUUUAUUUCAAAAACAAACUCGUAACACAUUGUGUUCUUUAUAAGGGAUAAUAAUUAAGAUUUUUGACUAACUUUUCUCUGGAUCGUAACUACUUAACAGUUGAAUUUUUGAUUCGAAAGUACAUUUUAGUAUAGAUAUAGUAGUGUGUACAGUUUUAACACUCUACUUCUUCUCACUUGUGGAGUUAGUGUUUAUAAAACAUUUCUGGCAAUAAAAUAGUCCAAUCGAAAA